CAUCUGCAUGGCCGGAGGGUCCUUCACCCCUUUACCGGGCGGCUCUUGCCUAUUGUUUGUGAUGACUUUGUGGACGUGGAGUUCGGAACUGGUGCUGUGAAGAUCACCCCAGCUCACGAUCCAAACGACUAUGAGGUCGGCCUGCGUCACGGGCUCGAAUUCGUCACCAUCAUGGAUGAGAACGGCUAUCUUGUCAACGUGCCCCCUCCUUUCUUGGGCAUGAAGCGGUUUGAUGCCCGUCGAGCAGUGUUGGAAGCUCUGAAGGAAAAGGGGCACUUUAAGGAGGUGAAGGACAACCCCAUGGUGGUACCAGUCUGCAGCCGUUCCAAAGAUGUGGUGGAGCCACUUCUGAAGCCCCAGUGGUACGUGCGCUGUGACACAAUGGCCCGAGGGGCUGCUGAGGCAGUGCGCCGAGGUGACCUCCGCAUUGUGCCAGACUUCCACCUCAAAACCUGGUUCAACUGGAUGGAUAAUAUCAGGGAUUGGUGCAUUUCUCGACAGCUGUGGUGGGGCCAUCGUAUCCCAGCAUAUUUUGUGACCAUUAAUGACUCCUCAGUCCCUCCAGGGGAGGAUACUGACGGCAAGUACUGGGUGAGCGGCCGAAGCGAGCAAGAAGCAAAAGAGAAAGCUGCCAACGUCUUCAAUGUGACCCCGGAUAAGAUCUCGCUCCGGCAAGACGAGGAUGUCCUGGACACCUGGUUCUCCUCUGGCCUGUUUCCUUUCUCCAUCUUUGGAUGGCCAAACCCUAGUGAAGAUCUUCAGGUUUUUUACCCCGGCACUCUCCUGGAGACGGGGCACGAUAUUCUCUUCUUCUGGGUGGCCCGCAUGGUCAUGUUGGGCCUCAAGCUUACUGGGAAGCUGCCGUUCAGAGAGGUUUACCUUCACGCUGUUGUCCGAGAUGCCCACGGCAGGAAGAUGAGUAAAUCACUGGGAAAUGUUAUAGAUCCGUUGGAUGUGAUUACUGGCAUUACACUGGAGGGUUUGCAUGCUCAAUUGCUCGACAGCAAUCUGGAUGCCGCAGAAAUAGAGCGAGCGAAACAAGGACAGAAAUCUGAUUACCCCAGUGGGAUCCCGGAAUGCGGUACUGAUGCACUUCGGUUUGCUCUCUGUGCAUACACAGCUCAAGGCCGGGAUAUAAACCUGGAUGUGAACCGGAUCUUGGGCUACCGCCAUUUCUGCAACAAGCUGUGGAACGCCACCAAAUUUGCCAUCCGUGGCCUUGGGGAUGGGUUCCAGCCACAGCCCAGCCCACAGGAGUGCCUGAAGCCUGUCUUUGCUGGUCCAGAUGAAGCUGCAAUCAAGACAGCCCGGAAUGUUCUCUACACCUGCUUGGAUGCCGGCCUUCGUCUCCUCAGCCCCUUCAUGCCUUUCGUUACGGAGGAGCUGUUCCAGCGGCUGCCUCGACGGUCUCCUGCCUCCGACCCCCCCAGCAUCUGUGUCACCUCUUACCCUACCACAGAGCAGUAUCGCUGGAGGAAUGAGGGCCUGGACCGCAUCGUUGAUUUUAUGCUGAGCAUUGUGAGGGCUGUGCGUUCCCUCAGAGCCGAUUAUAACCUCACCAAGACUAAAACUGACUGUUACUUGCAAUGCCUGGACUCGGACACCGUUGAGACUGUUGCUCAGUGCUCUGAGUACAUCUGCACCCUCUCCUCUUCCAAGCAAGUGCUGGUUCUCAAGCCCGGACAAGCGCCCCCUCCUGGCUGCGCCGUGGGCAUUGUUUCUGACAGAUGCAUUGUCCACCUUCUGCUCAAGGGCUUGAUCGAUGCUGAGAAGGAGGUCUCCAAACUGGUAGGCAAAAAGGCCGAGUUGCAGAAGCAAAUCCUGCGGUUACGGGAGCGCAUGGACAGCCCAGACUACACCGCUAAGGUGCCCCCCAAAGUCCAGGAGACAGAUGCUGCCAAGUUGAAACAAAGUGAGACUGAAUUGCAGAAGGCAGAAGAAGCCAUUGAGAACUUCAAGAAGAUGAUCUGAAACCAAAGGAAGGAUUCAUGGGGUUGUUAAAACACCCUGAGUUUG